AGAGUGGGCAGCGUAACACGUGCCACACUAUUCCCAAACCAAAAACUGUUUGUCCAACAGGUCACUUUGUCAACCAACUGCUCUUCAUCUUGAGGAAACAGACCUCAUUAGGAUGUUGGAUGUUUUAAUAAUUGGAGGAGGUCCUCAUGCUUUAACCCUCGCUACUCUGCUCUCAAACCCUGAAAAACCUCUCUGCCAAUCAAGCGCUGACAUCCUUCAGGGAAUUCAGCUGAGCAAAACGAAAGCUAAAAGUAUACGCUACAAAAACAAAAAGAGACAAGCCAUCAGGCCAGUGUUUGACACAGAGAAUGAAGCCAAACGUCUGCCAAGUCCUCCACUGCAUUUCAAAGUGGUGGAUUCUUAUGGAAAAUGGACAUCAUUGUGGGAAAGUCAGUUUACCGCCCUGAACAUCCCUCACCUUCGAUCACACACGCUGGUUCACACCGAUCCAUUUAACAAGAAGGCCUUGCAGGACUUUGUGUUGGAGCAAACUCGGGAGGAUGAGCUGCACUGUUUACCUGAGAAAAUAUAUAUUCAGGACGAGAAUGCUUUUUUUAACGACAAUCGCCUGGGAAAGAAGGACAAAAAGCGUCUUAGCUCAACAAACGGCCUACAGAAAAACCUGUAUUUCAGUCUUCCAGGAACACAGCUCGGUAUAGACUUCUUCCAGGAGCAGGUACGCAAGUAUGACCUGGACAGUGUCUUGAUCAGAGCCACAGUGGACAGAAUCAUCCCAGUCUUAACUGAGAAUGACAGCAAGGUUAAGUUUUUCAAGGUGACACUACACACUGGGGAAAAUAUAGAGGCAAAAACAGUUAUCAUGGCGACUGGACCUUCCAGGGCGCAGAUGGCAAACAUCCCAUGUUGGGUGCGGGCAAUCCAGGAGAGUUACCCUGAGGAAAGUUUACAACACACAGUGCAGCUCAUGCAUUACUUCUGUACACAUGAAAAGAUGGGUGAAUCCUCCUCAGGUUCUCCUCCUGUGUGUCAGAUGGGUCAGAGAGUGAUGGUGGUAGGUGGAGGUCUGACCAGCGCCCAUAUCAUCUCAAUUGCACUGAAGCAGGGUGCAUGUCAUGUGACUUGGGUCUUACGUAAACACUUACAGCUUAAGCAGUUUGACGUUGGGGAUAUAGAGAGUCUGAUUGGACGCUAUUCCCACGUUGAGCAUGGGAUCAAGAUGGAUGGCCUGGCCUACUUAAGGCAGUUCUAUAAUGAAAGAAGUCUUCACAAGAGGCUAGUGAUGAUCAAACAAGCCAGGAAAGGAGGAGCAGUGACCCCUGAGGCCUACGCACAACUUCAACCUUUCAUUCAGAGUGGCCAGCUCCUGAUCAGAGCUCAUUGCCAGGUGGCUGAAGCUAAAUGGUGUUAUCAAUCACAGCGUUGGAGGGUCUCCUUGUGCAGUGGCGAACAAUGGGGUGGAGAAAAGAUUUGGCUGGCAACAGGCUGCAAACUGGAUGCUACCCAGGAUCCUUUACUCUCUGAUGUCAUGACAAAAUUCCCCAUUCAAGUUCUGGAGGGCUGGCCAUGCAUAACAGAAUCACUGCAGUGGACAGCAGGAUGCCCCCUUUACCUGAUGGGACAAUAUGCAGCACUUCAGGUUGGGCCUCAUGCAGUGAACCUUGCAGGGGGUCAAGCUGCGAGUAAACGCAUUUUCAAAGACAUCAUAGCUCAACACAGUGGAUUGGAUGAGAGUACAUCAGAAAGGAUGGAGAAGAUCCGCACUGAAGAGUACUUAUCACAUAUGCACGGCCUCAUGUGGUUGUAACAUCUACAUACAAACACCUGCAAAGAGAGAGGGAACCAGAUCAGCGGUCUCAGGUGUCGAACUGACAGCACAAGAGAAUAAUUUACAGGGGGAAAUGCUGAGAACAGCUGUGAAAUGACAUUUUAAGAUGCUGCACUGUAUAUGAAGCUGACUAAUAAAUAAAUCGCCUAACUUUUGUUUUGGGGCUCAUUUAAACAGUCAUGUGUAAAUGCAGUCAGUCUUUGUGGCUCAAAAUAUUGCAUUGUCAUUGUGAUUUGCACUGCGCCUUUAAAUAAUCCGAAUCUAGUGAGACUGUGAUCUGUGUAGGAAGCCAUGGCAAACCCAAAACAUCAAC